GCAGCCCAGACAAUUUACUGUUGUAAUGUAAAGUAUUAUACCUGGAUAAUCCCCAGAAUCGAUUCAUAAAGUAUCCUACCAAACCGAGCGAGCGUACUUCUUCCUAACGUUUCCACCCCCUACUUUUCUAGACCUCUCGAAGCUCUAUAUCUCUACAACUGAUUCGCAGCCUUGUUUUGAAACACUGCUAACCCUUCCUCGCAUCUUUCUUCCCCUUAAAUAAUGAGCUUCUCCAGCCUGUAUGAAAAGGCUCCUGAUACUGGCGCUCAAGACAGCAAAGAUCCGAUACUGGCGAUCACGGAAAAGCUCGAUAGAAUUCUUUCCAUCGUUUCUGAUCUCGAAAGCAAGCAGACCCGCCUUGAAACUCCUCCUGAGCCGAUGGGGCCAGGGACCAUUAUGAGUAUCGCAUUCUUUCAGACAUUUGUUUCUUUUGUAUCAGGACACUUUCUUGCAGGUGACGGAUUGAGGAACUACUUUUCACCUACAGCCAAGAUAAUUGUAUACUCUUCGUGGGCUGUGCUUGCAAUUCCGUGGUAUAUAUCGUUAUAUGUUUUGUGGAACCUGACUUCACCCGCGGACAGAGGACUGAUUACUGCUCGACUGGUAUUUUUCGUGGCAUUUUCAACCUUCGUGUUUUCUUUAUAGAUAAAUUUCGACUAAAGCUUAUAUAUCUUUGGGAUAGGACAGGCUAACGGGGAAUAUUGGCCUUGAGGGAAUACGAGUUGAUCGCCCUAUGAAUUAUCUAUUGUUCGGUUUGUCGCAUCAUGUUGCGAGCUGAAUGAGCAUUUUUAUCGUACUUCAAACACGCUGUUGGGAUCACGACCGAAAAGGUGGUUGGUAUGUAUGCGCUUCCAAGAUACACUAAAGAAGCGGUAUAGCCUUACACCUCAGAAUUUGAGGCUGCUUUCUGACCUGGUCUUGCAUUUUGUUUCAAUCGCCUUUUUUCAAUUUAUUUCUUGCGCUUAGUAUAACUUAAUAG